ACCUGAGCCCAGAUCUAGUAGUAUGGGAGAGCUCAAAUCACCGACUUUUGAUAUGAUUAGCAUUGCAGAAGCAACCAACCAGUUUUCUGACUCAAACAAGAUUGGUGAGGGUGGUUUUGGACCUGUUUACAAGGGCCAAAUUGCAACAGGACAAAAUAUUGCAGUGAAGAGGCUCUCCCUAAAUUCCAAGCAAGGGCUGACUGAGUUCAAAAAUGAAGUUAGCUUGAUUUCCAAACUUCAACAUAGGAAUCUAGUUAGACUUUUGGGAUGCUGCAUUCAUGGUGAAGAGAGGAUGCUUAUUUACGAAUACAUGCCCAAUAAAAGCUUGCACAACUAUAUUUAUGAUUGUACCACAAGGAAAGAGCUUACAUGGAUGAGGCGAUUUUACAUUAUUAUUGGGAUUGCCCGGGGGCUUCUCUACCUUCAUAGAGAUUCAAGAUUGAGGAUCAUUCACAGGGACCUGAAAGCUAGCAACAUUCUUUUAGACAGUGAGAUGAAUCCCAAGAUUUCUGAUUUUGGGAUUGCAAGAGCUUUUGAAGAGGAGCAGCUUUUAGCCAAAACCACCAGGGUUAUCGGGACUCAUGGUUAUAUGGCACCUGAGUACGUGACCAAUGGGCUAUAUUCAAUGAAAUCAGAUAUCUUCAGCUUUUGAGUAUUGCUCUUGGAAAUAAUUAGUGGCAGAAGGAACAGAGAUUUCUAUCGUCCUGAUCACAACCUUAAUCUAUUGGGACAUGUAAGCUCAUAUAUUUUCCUUCCUACAGACAAAUAGUCUGUGCAUAAAAA